AUGGUUGUCACUGUCGUGAAGUUAAUGGCAUUGUCCAAUCUUGCGUUUUGUUGCCAACAAAUUUAUGGUGACCCUAUAGAUUAUCUAAUAAAUUUCGGAACAUUAGCUAGAUUGACUGCGAAACCAUUACGUCAAGCUGCCAAAAAGUUACUUGAAAACGAACUAGAAGCUGUGGGUAUUCGAUUGAAUAAAAACAAACCAAAUAUUUAUUUCAAGCAAAAGAAGACAGGUGGAUUAAAAAUCACAUCAAUGGUUCCCUUAACAAAGAUAAACGAGAAAAUGACUCAAAUGAUACUGCAGGAAUAUAAAAUAUUUAAUGCAGAAGUCAUCUUUCGAGAAGAUUCUACACCGGAUGAAUUUAUUGAUGUAGUAGUUGGCGGUCGAGUAUAUCUGGCUUGUCUUUACGUGUAUAAUAAAAUUGACCAAAUAUCACUUCAAGAAGUUGACAGAUUAGCAAGACAGCCUCAUUCAGUUGUUGUUAGGUUAGUUCAAACCUUUUUUUAA